AGAGCGGGGGAGAGGGAGAGAUAUUGAGAGGUAGAGGAGGGAUCUGGAGAGAUCACGAGAGGCGGACUCGAGGAAAAGGAAGGCUUUCACGCGGCGUAAAGAGCAGGCGGUUUUUAGACGCGGUGCAAACGAGCAGCGAUGAAGGCGGCGGGUUUGUGCGCGACGGCGCUCACGCUUCUGGUGGCGGCGCUCUCGGUGCGGUCGGGCGCGCGCGCGGCGGCGCCGGCGAUGGACGGCGGGGACAUCUCGUUCGAGUACCACCGCUACGAGGAGAUGCGCAAAGCUCUGGUGUCCGUGUGGCUGCAGUGUCCGUCCAUCGCGCGCAUCUACACCGUGGGAGAAAGCUUCGAGGGCCGCGAGCUGCUCGUGCUGGAGAUGAGCGACAACCCGGGCGUCCACGAGCCUGGUGAGCCAGAGUUUAAGUACAUUGGGAACAUGCAUGGCAAUGAAGCGGUUGGCAGGGAGCUGUUGAUCUAUCUGGCUCAGUAUCUGUGUAAUGAGUAUCAACAGGGCAACGACACCAUCAUCAACCUGAUCCACUCCACCCGCAUCCACAUCAUGCCCUCCAUGAACCCCGAUGGCUUCGAAAAAGCCGCCUCACAGUCUGGUGAGAUGAAGGACUGGUUCGUGGGACGUAGCAACGCUCAGGGUAUCGAUCUGAACCGGAACUUUCCGGAUUUGGACCGUAUCGUCUACAUGAAUGAGAGAGACGGAGGAGCCAACAACCACCUGCUGAAAAACAUGAAGAAGGCCGUUGAUGAAAAUACUAAGCUCGCGCCCGAGACGAAGGCCGUAAUUCACUGGAUUAUGGACAUCCCAUUUGUUCUGUCAGCCAACCUCCAUGGAGGAGAUGUUGUGGCCAAUUACCCAUAUGAUGAAACCAGAAGUGGGUCGACUCACGAGUACAGCGCCAGCCCUGAUGACUUGGUGUUCAAGAGCUUGGCCAAGGCGUACUCUGGCUACAACCCGGUGAUGUCUGACCCUAAUCGAGCACCGUGCCGCAAAAAUGAUGAUGACUCCAGUUUCAAAGAGGGCAUCACUAAUGGAGGGGCCUGGUACAGUGUGCCUGGAGGCAUGCAGGACUUUAACUAUCUGAGCAGCAACUGUUUUGAGAUCACACUGGAGUUGAGCUGUGACAAGUUCCCACUGGAAAACACACUGAAAAUGUACUGGGACCAGAACCGCAACUCCCUCAUCAACUAUAUUGCACAGGUUCAUCGUGGAGUCACAGGCUUUGUGCGUGAUCUUCAGGGAAAUCCCAUCUCCAACGCCUCCAUUUCUGUAGAGGGCAUUGACCAUGACAUUACCUCAGCUAAAGACGGGGAUUAUUGGCGCUUACUGGCUGCUGGGAAUUACAAAGUUUCAGCUUCGGCUCCUGGAUAUCUUACAGUGACCAAGAAAGUGGCUGUUCCACACAGCCCUGCUGUUCGGCUCGAUUUCGAGUUGGAGUCCCUGGAGGAACGGAAGGAGGAAGAGAAGGAGGAGCUGAUGGAUUGGUGGAAGAUGAUGUCAGAGACCCUGAACUUCUAAAAAACAAAAAAAACCUGCAUUUGACUGAGCAUCCUGGGUGUAAAAUAUUUAAUCGAUGUUGUACGUGUGCUCAUUUGCAUUCUAGUAGCUUUUUUAGGGGCCGCUUACAUGUGGACAGAAAGACGGAGAUCGGUGUAGGAGUGUAGGACGAGGAAGACGAGAACCGGCGUUUAGCUCUGUCUGUUUCACUGACCGGGAGUCCUCAUGUGGUGCUCAGCGAUUCAUGUACUGAUGUUUCUUUUCUGCUAAUAUUGAGCUUAUAGGUGUUGUUUGCAAUAAUAUGUUAAUUGUCAGCUGCCUCUAUGUGUGUGUGUGUAUGUACACACACACACACACGCAGGUAGUAAAUAACGCGACUGGUGUGCUCUAUCUUUCCUUUUCUCGUAAGAUAUUUCGAUCACCAACCAACCAGGAAGCACUGUGUUGUGAAUGAAUGUAUGUGACAAAUAGGAAUUCUAUCGAUUAUCACCAUGACGACGACGAAUUAAGACCACUCUACGUCUUAUUUAUGCUUUCCGUCUCUCUUCUGUUCGAAACAUCCGUUCUGUGAAAAAAAAUUUUUUUUUCCUGUUUGUUUGAUUUUUUCCUUCGCUAUUUUGAAAAGAAGUUGCAUCUGUAAACCUGUCUAGUUUUAUGAUAUUUAAAAAGAAAAUAUUUAAUAAUUCUGGGGAAUGCUCACAAGAGGUUCUUAGCGAACUCUUUUAUUAUUAGAUCUAUCUUAAGAAAUCAUUCUAUUAGAGCUAGAGACUGCUAUAAAGUUUAUGGAUUCAAACGGAACAGAACAGUGAUGGCACAAAUGUGACGAUUUUGUAAACAAUGACCAAAAUGCACAAGUGUGACACGGAUAUAACAAUCGACGGUCUUUAUUUAAUAAACACUGUAACUCUG